CGGUAUUGUAGUGCCUGCUAACCGAAACAAACUUUUUUGUUUCGUUGCAAAGUUAAAGAAUUUUAAUAGCUAUAAUAUAAUAUCACGUUAAAAUGACAACUCCAAAUGCUCAUCCUCACAUUGAUCGGGAGCUGGAUUUAUCAAACUCUGGAAGAGGAGUCUGGCUUGUUAAAGUUCCUAAAUACAUAGCCAAUAAAUGGGAGAAAGCUCCUGGUAAUAUUGAUGUUGGAAAACUUAAAAUUUCGCGUGCACCGGGACAAAAAACACAAGUACAACUUUAUCUUUCGGAAGGAGUACUUUGUCUUAAAGAGCCUGGUGAACAAAACAUUCCCAAAGUUCAUCGUCUUGACGUGUACAAUGUUACUCAUCAAUCAUUAGGUGUUUUCUCACAUGUUGUUCCUGCUACUACAGAUGCUGUGGUUCCUGAAUCUGAAAAACUUUAUAUGGAAGGUAGAAUAGUUCAAAAGUUGGAAUGUAGGCCAUAUGCUGACAAUACAUAUUACAAGCUGAAGUCAGAAUCAAUACGGAAAGCAUCCAUGCCACAACGGCAAGUCCAGCAACUGGACAGAAUUGUGCAGAACUUUAAGCCAGUUUCUGAUCACAAACAUAAUAUUGAUUUUCUGGAGAAAAAGAAAGCGGAGGGUAAGAAAGCUCGUGAUGACAAGGAUGUUGUCCUCAAUAUGCUGUUUGCAGCUUUUGAAAAACAUCAGUAUUAUAAUAUUAAGGAUUUGCAAAAGAUAACCAAACAACCAAUAGUGUACUUAAAGGAUAUUCUGAAAGAGGUAUGCAAUUAUAAUUUAAAGAAUCCACAUAAAAAUAUGUGGGAACUGAAACCAGAAUACAGGCAUUAUAAGCAAGAAGUGCCGGUUGAACCAAAACCAGACAAAAACAGCUCAGAUAGUGACUAGCGAAAACUUUAUAAUAAAGUCUUAAUGUUUGUGUCCAUUAAUUGUUUGUCUCUGUCUUUUUAAUGAAAACAAAAGGGAUGCCAAUAUGUUUGUAUAGUUUCCGAGACAAGCAAUGGAAUUUUGUGUUGUAAGAUUUCUUUAUGUUGAAAGUGUAAUAAUUUUUUUAUAUAAUAAAGUGACAACAUCAUUUGUUA